GGGAUGAGUUUUACUACAUCAAGCCAUCUGAUUCGACACCAGAGAACACACACAGGAGAGAAACCUUGUAACUGUGAUCAAUGUGGGAAGAGUUUUCCUACAUCUAGCCAGCUAACUUCACACCAGAGAGCACACACAGGAGAGAAAUCUUAUAGCUGUGAUCAACGUGAGAAAAGUUAUCCUACAUCAAGCAAUCUGAUUCGACACCAGAGAACACACACAGGAGAGAAAUCUUGUAGCUGUGAUCAAUGUGGGAUGAGUUUUACUAUAUCUAGCCAGCUGACUUCACACCAGAGAACACACACUGGAGAUAAACCUUAUAGCUGUGAUCAAUGUGGGGUGAGUUUUACUACAUCAAGCCAUCUGAUUCGACACCAGAGAACACACACAGGAGAGAAGCCUUAUAUCUGUGAUCAAUGUGGGAAGAGUUUUCCUUCAUCUAGCCAGCUGACUUCACACCAGAGAACACACACAGGAGAGAAACCUCAUAGCUGUGAUCAAUGUGACAAGAGAUACUCUGAUAAAAGAUCUCUGAUCAAACACCAGAGAACACACACAGGAGAGAAGCCUUACAUCUGUGAUCAGUGUGGCAAGAGUUUUACUCAGUUAAGCAACCUGGUAUCACACCAGAGAACACACACAGGAGAGAAGCCUUAUAGCUGUAAACAGUGUGGCAAGAGUUUUACUCAGUCAAGCAACCUGGUAUCACACCAGAGAACACACACAGGAGAGCAGCCAUAUAGCUGUAAUCAGUGUGGCAAGGGCUUUACUCGGUCAACCAACCUGGUAUCACACCAGAGAACACACACAGGAGAGAAACCUUAUAGCUGUGAUCAAUGUGGGAAAAGCUUUGGCAGAACUUAUUAUCUGACUGAACAUAAGCAAAGACACCCAGGAGACAAACCUUACCACUGCUCUGGCGGUGGGAAGAGCUUUACUUACCUAAGAAACAUGACACAACACCAGAGAACACACACAGGAGACAAACCUUACCACUGCUCUGACUGUGGGAAGAGCUUUGCUUCCCUAGGAAACCUGACACAACACCAGAGAACACACACAGGAGAGAAGCCUUAUAGCUGUGAUCAAUGUGACAAGAGAUACUCUCAUUCAAGUGGUCUGAUUAAACAU